CAAAAAGACAGAGAAAAGCAAUACAUGGCCAUGCCAGACUUACGAAAAUGUCGUCCAAGAGUAGUGAGGGUGAAUAGCUGUGGUACAGCUGAUAACUCAUUCACAAACAAGCACCAGUGCUCGGUGAAGAGAAUAGUUCAUCUCUUUCAGGGUGGUCUUGAAACCACUGGCUGAGUAUGCUGAUAAGACGCUUGAGUAUUGGUAUGCCCAUUGAACCUCUCAAUGAUUAAAGCGUACUUUGAGUAUGCCGUUACAACUGCUUCGAACCUUAGUUAUAAGGUUAAAUCGCCGUCAUACCAUCGCUUGUUUUCCAAGCCGUCAACACAGCAAGUUAGGUGUCGGGCAGUUAGAGUUGAAGGCCAAUUGAUACAAAUACAAGGUAACUUGAACCUGGCAUACCUUUAGCUAACACCCCGAGUCAGAAAAUUAAAACUGCAAUCGCAUAGUGCCAAUAAGUGAUCUAGGUGCCCGUGAUCUGUGUGAAUGUUUGAUCGAACACGAUGGCUUCAGUGGCGUUGGGGAAAUCUUCCUCAUAUCCAGUGCAUAGGUGAUGUGCGGUCUGCAGAGCUCAGUGUCGCCGAAAGUAAUUAUAAAACCUAACAUCCCAAGUUAAGUAAGACCUUUGCAUCCUGAAGCCUCACAGGUCACCUAUUAGUUUGCAAUUCGUGGAGCGUGACGUUCUCUUUUGUCGUUGAAGCGACUCGGUAUCAUAUUCAUAUUCAUCACACCACAAUUAUGCCCCGCAGUUGACCGUAAGGAAGGCUCAUUGAUUUCGUGGCGUCUAAGUAAUCCCCUGUUAUACAUUCCUCUUUCGCCUUUCCUGCCAUCUAAUCCUUCUUCAAGGGCAAGAAAGUCUCCUCAAUACCGUCUGCUGUGAUGAUGAGCAUUUGAAGGUUAUCACCAACCUCAAUGUGACGCUCCACCGCACCAUCGAAUGCAUCCUUGACGACAGUCUCGACCUCUGUUCGUGUAAGAGGACGUCGCUCCCGCUCCUUCAGCUCAUGGCCUUCUCCGCUUCCGGGAAUAUACUGGUUCUUGAAGUUGACCUGGUUGUCCAGGAAAGGCAUGAUCAGACUGCCCGCAGCACCGCCUGCUCGGCACUGCUCCCGUUCGUAGCUCCCCACGGGAUCGUAUGAGUACACAGCGCCUCUGCCCUCCUCAUCCAGACCGCCGAGCAUCGCAUGCGAGUAGUAGGGGAAGAAUCGCUUCGAGUAGAGAACGGUAGAGAGGCGUUUGGCACAAGCAUUGACAGUCAUAGGCUUGCCGUGGCGGUAACGGUAGAUCUUGCAGAUGGUGUCGAGGUGGUCGCGGAGGGCCUCACCAUCAGCAGCGAAGCCGACGACAGAUAGGACUAGUGUAGCAUCCUCCUGAGAGGCAGUGGUGCCGCCGAUUCGGAAGACCUUGGGGGACAUACGAGAGUUGAUGCUAUAACCGCUGGUGUGGCGGGUGUCACCAGCCAUGAUGGUAAAGUCUGCGCCAGCAAUGGCAAGAGUCGAGCCGCCAUUGUCGGUGUAGCUUGGGUCAGUUAGCUGUAAGCCCUGGAGAUGCAUAGAUGAGGUGUCUCACGGGUUAAAUCGAUGUUCUCGAAACUCGCCGCUGUUGGCCUUGGGGGCAUCGGAGAAUGAAUAGUUGGGCCCAUUCAUCAGAGGGUUCUGGCUGAACAUGGCAGCCAUGAUUACGGUCUAUGUGACGGAAGGUUUAAGUAAGGUCUUGGUGAUCUUUCUUGAUGCGCAGAGAUGAUGGAAUUCGGAGUUGGUGAUUGAUGAUGUUGAUCUGGUGUUGCCUUGUAACUGACAAUAGAGCUGAGGUUAAGACGCACGCGUCAAGCUUGCAGCCUUGCCCACCUAACCUGCAGAGCUGAGGUAGCUACGAUGACUAAGCGCGCAGACAGGCAGGGGUUCACCUCCUAAAGUUCACCUAACAACCAUCGUCAUUUUGAAGGUCUCGUUUCAGAAACAAAUUUGUUGACUUGGUUCUUGUUGGUAUUUUGUUUCGAAUUGCUGUGCUUUGAAGCGGCCGCAUCGCCUACGCACCAACGAUGAUAGGCGACAUUCGCUCCAAGGCGCUGCAGAAGAUAGCUUCGCUAUCUGCGUCUAGCUCUACAACAUCCUUCGACCGAUCCGAUCUCGACCGACUAUGUAGAGCCUGCCACGCCGGCGCGAAGAGCAAGGACUAUGUCAAUGGCUAUCAGAAUAAGAGCUCGCUAGGCCGAGUGCCUAUGGUAGGUUGUUCAUAGAACAUAGGGAUCUGAUAGCGCGUGAUUGACAAUUGUAGUCUAUUCGCGAAUUCGAGGUCUUGAUCGCAUUAUGCAAGACAGCACCGAAAAUCAAAUCGAGCCAGAGCGCCCAGAGACUCUCGUAUCAGCUGUUCCCGUAUAUUCUUGAAGCACAUAUACAGGUUUUCCUUCCUUCACCAUUCUUCCGAAAGAUCGACCCGUCCCCGACCGAGGCCCUAGCCUUUCAUGUGACAGGGGCCCUGCUGGCACUUGGCAUCAAUUACGAUGAGCUUCAGGAGAAUGUGACCGAUAAGAUCUGGGCCUUCGUGAACUCUUGUAGACGAGCUACCGAGAGCAUUAUCUCACCUCAAGCAGGAGAUCCUGAGAAUCCUCACCUGGAGGAUGCAAUUCGAACUGUGACAAUUGCCGUGGCCCUGCUCGGAUUUUUGGAUGCGGCAGCCGCUCAGGCCGACUUCUGGAGAGCUGGCGGUCGACUGGCCAUGAUCAAGAAAAUCAGAGAGUUGCUUUCUGAGCCUUUCCUUAUCGCUGUGGAAACAGCACUAUCCACCAUUCGCAACUGCCAUAGCCAGGAUCGCGAGGUCAAAGAAUGGAAGAGAUACCUGCGCCACUAUGCCUCCUCUGGACGACCUCUCGGAGCUAUGCUCCUGCACCGAAGCUUCGCUCAUCUUAUUGUCUCCAGCACUUCACUGAUGGUAAAAGACCCUCGUUCUCUGCGAGAGUCUCACGUGCUGGAUAUCUACAUUGCCCAGGGUGAAGAUCUUUGCAAUAUCGCGUCCUCUGCGCUCGAAGCAGACUUCAAGACGGUUGAGGAAUAUGCUGCCCUGGCCAUUGAAGAGAUCCAGUAUAUCGAAGGUGGUGCUGACUUUAUCCGCAUGGGAUCUCCUGACCAGCAGAGUCUCGCUUACGCUGUGAAGGCUGCGGCGCUCAUUUCCUACUUGAAUUGCGCUCUGCUCAAUGAAGAUGCUGCUGAUACAGAGAUUCUCAUGAACUGGCUUCAGGAAACCCUGGAUGACUCUGUUCAGAUGGCUGACCCUACUCUUGCCUCGGUCACGUUGCGAUGUUUGGCCCUGAUCUGCCAGAUCUCACCAUCCUUCUCGUCUAAUGUCAGCCGCAUCCUACCUAGGUUCAUCGUUCAGGAUGCCCCGCAGAAAGAUAUUGUCACUAUAGCUUCCAAUAGCUUGGCUUAUGCUCUCAAAAUGCUCUCGAAGGAUGCUGUCAUCGGCACAUUGUAUACCCUGGGCAACGUACUCAGCCCUGGGUCGGACCAAGCGUUUGUGAACGAUCAGAUUGAUGGAACGGCAAGUGAAACAGGACUUAACGCCAUUUAUACCAAUCGUCGGUCCAUUGGGAGCUCGAUUUCACUACAGAUGUAUGGCGAGGAGGAGACUGCGAUCGUUUCAGGCAAUGUCGUGCAAACCAUCUGUGGGAUUGCUGCUGCUUUCAAGGAUGAGAAAAUUACCGCACUGGCUCAGUCUAUGCUUCAGCAGAAGCUCGAAAAGGUCAAUACAGGCGUGGAUGCCCGGAUUAUCAGUGGAGCAGCUGCUCUGGCUCUCGAGGGCGGACAACUCGAGUUUCGCUCUUUGCUCAAGUUGUUUAGUAAACUGUGUCAUACUGGGGUUGUCGAAAACCAGCUAUUCUUACUGGAAGCUGUGAGAAAUGCUCGCACUUUCAUUUCUGCCAACCUACGACGUGACUCGCAGCUGUUUGGUAUAUACUAUGAACACUUGCUUGACAGCAUCAUCGGACUUGGUGAUGUACAUUCGUCUGGACAUACCAAGGAAUCUGACGUACAAAUGGCUGCAAAGGAGAUCGCGGAACUUCUUCAUCCGCUGGCAAUUUUUAUGUCCACGAACGAUUUUGCUUUCGAGCCCAUCGCCGAUGACGAGACGUAUUCUCUGCUUCGAGACGCUUGGUUCAACAUCGUGGUUCACGGCUUUACCACCAACACAGAUCGUGGCAAACAGUAUAUGAGAGAAUUGCGUAUGAUUGCUAUUCACUCCCCACCUCUUGUGGCCGAGCAGCGAGGUGAGCAGGUCGAAAGUGAUAUCGAGCUCAAUACUGUCUUACGACGUGGUAUGAGCAACGAUAGAGAGUCUCUGCAGAAGAAGCUUUUGAGUGAUCUUGUACCCUCCAAGUCCAAUGAGAUUAGGAGCCUCAGCUAUCGCAAGGUGAUCUUCUUGCAAGCAGCUUACCUGAUGGAAAUUCUUCGAGCCGACUCAGGUGAUUGCACCAAGGUUCUGUCCUAUUUCCUGGAACCGAGCAUGUCCAAGGGAGAGCUGAGCAGCGCCAUGGAGGGUGUUGCAGCUGCUGUCAUGGAUAAGUAUAUUCAAAAGACUCAAAGCGGCGCCGAACCAACCUUUUCUGCCCAGUACGCUGCCGAGCAGCUCGCUACCAUCUUCUGUAGCUGCUGCCACCGUAUCGAGCGAGUCCAGCAAGCCGCGUUUGUUUGCGCCGAUCGCUUCCUCCGUGAAAUUCCUUCAGCCCUUUGCUAUAGGUCGUCACUCUUCGCACUGAUUGAACUGCUCUCGCUUAUGUGGUCUAGCUGCUUGGAAGCCGAGACAGAUGUUUAUGCUCCUAGGUCCACUUUUACGUCAGAACUUGGCGGAGUGACUGUGCAGCUUUCAGACGACUAUGAUUUUCGAAGAUGGACGGUAGAUAUCCUUAACCGCAAGGCCAGGGUAUGGGUCAAUUCUGCUAUCAACCUCUCUCCUCUCGAUGUCAAGGGAAUUCUGCAGACAUAUCUCUCGGAGUUCAGUGACGAAGGCGCUUACGGCCAUGUCUCUUUGGGAAGGUCUUUUGCUCUUGAGCUAGGAUCAAUUAUUCCAUCAACAGACAAUCGUCUCCAAUCCAUGGACAAGAUUGGCAACUCGAGUGUCAACACAGCCUCUGCCUUUGUUGCGCAGUACACAACUCGCCAAGAAUAUCGGUAUGGCGAGACGCUUCCGGAUCGUGGUACAGAACUUAUGAGCUUCAUGAAUCACAACCGUCGCUUGUCAUUUGUGCAGUCAUCUGUGAAGGAGAGUGCCAAUGCCACUACUGCACUCGCUCAUGUUGAGGCAAGAAUUCUCAGCAAGAAGAGUACAUCCAUCACUGAAGUCCGAGAUAUUCUUCGUAGGGCAGCAGCACUUCUUUGCCGCACGAGCAAGGAUGAAGCUGCUGUUGCUCAUCACCUUGUGAGCAUUCCGUUCGCCCUAUUCACCAAGCAAUCUAUCAACUUGGGUGUCUCCUUAUGGCUUGGUGUAAUCAACGAAAACCCAAGGCAGGAGUCGAGACUGCUAAAUGAGAUCGUCCAGCAAUGGGAGUUCACUCUUACGCGAAAGGUCGGCCUUUUCAGCCCAACACUGAAUCAUGUUGACCCCUUCUUCUUGAAGGAGGAAUUUGCGCCCAGCGAACUGGAAGCUCUAGCCAAGAAGAAGCAAAUUGUGCAUGACAUUCUCUCUCCCCAUACUCGACUGCUCCAAUUCUUUGCCAGUCAUUAUAACGCUACCAGGCUCGGUAGCCCUGAUAUCCAGAAGGUGUUCCUCCGGAUGAUUGAUCUUACACUGGAGGCAAUGAAGCAAUCUGCAACUCAUCCAAUGGCCAGAGAGAUUCGAUUCCAAAUCGUCUUAUUUGGUCUCCGCGUCCUACGUUCCAGCACCACUCUCAAGCCUGCAGCACAGUGGAGGCUCAAGGAGCGACUUCUUACGGCCGGCCUGUCUUGGUUCAGGUCUGCACCCAAGUGGUCAUUCGGAAGUAACUUAUUGCAGAUGAAGACCGAGAUCCGUCUUAUCUCUGAUGUCUUGGCGGCCCUCCAACAGGUCUCUUUUAUAGGCGCCCAAACUGUCGGCAAUGUCAAGUCUCUGCAGUCCAAAGAGCAGCUGCUCGACCUCCUGCUCAGAAAUGAACAACUGCGCCUAAUCGUCUGGGUAAACCCACUCAACAAUGCGAGCAAUCAAGCAUUGACUCAAACUGCUGGUAAGGCACCGACCGAGGCUGCACUCUUACCACUCAUUAGAACUGCAUGGUGGCAGGACCCAGCUAUUGCGAUCGAACUCGCAACUAGGUUUCCAUUCCCUCGCCUGCAGCGUGAUAUCAGGUUCUUGCUUCUCACCAUGCCUGAAAAGGCCAUUUUCGAGCCUGAGGCUCUGCACCUGAUCUUUGGAGGAUUUCUUCCCGAUGAUGUCGCUUCGCAACAACUCAAGUAUUUAUUGUACUGGGAGCCUGUGAACCCCGUAACAGCCGUUACCAUGUUCUUGCCCGCCUACCAGUCGCACCCGUUCAUUAUUCAGUACGCCAUGCGUGCGCUGGAAAGCCAUUCUGUCGACGUAACAUUCUUUUAUGUUCCCCAAAUUGUCCAGUCUCUCCGCUACGAUAGCCUUGGAUAUGUUAAGCGCUAUAUCCUCGAAACAGCUCAGUUUUCCCAGCUGUUCGCUCACCAGAUCAUCUGGAACAUGAAGGCCAAUUCGUACAAGGACGAUGACGCUCAGAUCCCUGACGAAAUCAAACCAACUCUCGAUACGGUCAUGACUCAGAUGGUUGACGGUUUCGCCGCUGAAGACCGCGACUUUUAUGAGAAAGAGUUUUCUUUCUUUGACGAAGUCACUGACAUUUCUGGGAAGCUUAAGCCCUUCAUUAAGAAGUCGAAGCCGGAGAAGAAGCAAAAAAUUGAAGAAGAGCUGCGCAAAAUCAAAGUUGAGGUCGGCGUUUAUCUUCCUAGUAACCCUGAUGGUGUUGUUAUCGGCAUUGAUCGCAAGUCUGGCAAGCCUCUACAGAGUCACGCCAAGGCUCCGUACAUGGCCACAUUCCGUAUUCAGAAGAACAAAGGAGGCGUUUCUGAGGUGGAUGAGAUGAUGGAGGAGAAUGACGGAGAAGAUCAUGGAACACCAGAGAGGACUGUUGAAGUCUGGCAGUCGGCCAUUUUCAAGGUCGGCGAUGAUUGUCGACAGGAUGUCCUGGCGCUGCAGAUGAUUGCAGCGUUCCGAGGCAUAUUCCACGAUGUCGGCCUAGAUGUCUACGUCUUCCCUUAUCGAGUCACUGCCACAGCCCCUGGCUGUGGUGUCAUCGACGUGCUGCCCAACUCGAUCUCACGAGAUAUGCUUGGUCGUGAGGCUGUCAAUGGUUUGUAUGACUACUUCAUCUCCAAAUACGGCAAUGAGAACUCGCUCCGAUUCCAGCGAGCCCGCAGCAACUUCGUCAAGUCCAUGGCGGCCUACUCAGUCAUUUCCUACUUGUUACAAUUCAAGGAUAGACACAACGGCAACAUCAUGAUUGACGACGCGGGCCAUAUCCUACACAUUGAUUUCGGUUUCUGCUUUGAUAUCGCCCCAGGUGGUAUCAAGUUCGAGCGUGCCCCCUUCAAGCUCACAACCGAGAUGGUGGCGGUCAUGGGUGGUUCAAUGGAGCACCAGAGUUUCAAGGCCUUCGAGGAACUCUGCGUAAAGGCUUUCUUGGCCAGUCGUCAGUAUUGCGAGAAGCUCAGCCAGAUCGUCUGGCUCAUGAUGGAUAGUGGUCUGCCCUGCUUCAAGCCUGAGAGUGUCAAGCAUUUCCGUGAGCGUUUUGUCCUUGACAGGAGCGAGCGCGACGCUGCCAACUUCAUGAAACAUCUCAUCAAGACCAGUUACUCGAGUCACAGCACAGGUAUCUACGAUCAGUUCCAGCUUCUGACUAACGGCAUUCCCUAUUAAGGGAUGGCACAAGAGGACGAUCAGUAGUGAAUGGGUCUUGAUGUUUUUUUUUUGUUAUUAUAGCGCUUGUCUAGUCUUCCUUUCCGACUCUUUUGAGAGAUAAUACUCUUGAUAAUACAUAUAUAGUACAAUCGCUCCGCUUCCCGAAGCGACUGAGGGUUUUGCAAAAACGACUAUGAUGCUCCCACAGAACUGCUCCGCGCUUGAACACGCUUCUAUAUGCACCCAAGCUCUUUGGAUAUUGCCAUGCCCCUUUAGAUCUCUGGCGACUAGUCUGCCCGUCUCGCUUGCAAACGGGGGAUCUAAUCCGCAUGGCCUCGUUAUAUUGUUGCAACUCAGCCUUAUUUCUGUUUUGCGGCAGAUCCUUUGAGCAUAUGAGUCGGGGCAUUAUAACUAGUAUAAUCGACGUGGACGAAUGCUCGGUCAACGAUUGGCACAGACUCGAGGAAGUAUGUCAGCACCUCGCUAAGAUCGUGACUGUCCUUGAGAGGUGUCGCAGCAGAGAGCACAAUAUCGACCUCGACGAAGAGUUUGUCACCAGCGUGAUAGGCGCGCAAAUUUUGAAUCUGACGAAUGGCAGUGGCGAAGCGCAUGGUCAAGUAUAGCAGCAGGUUUCGCUCGUCAGGUUGGGCGGAGAAGCCUGAAAGGUUACGGACGUGGUGUGCCGAGGUCUGACUCCAGUUGAAGAUGACAACAAGGGAGAGGAGCAAGCCACCGACAGCAUCGAGCCACCAGAUUCGCCCAUAGUAGCCGACUGGAGCCAAGAUUAGUAGGGUUCGGCUUUGCAGGGUCUGCUAUGAUUACUUACUGAUGGGGAACAGGAUGGAACCAGUGUUGAAGAUCACAUCCGUCUUUGCAUCCUCAGCCCUAUGAUUUGGUCAGAUACGGAGUACGAAUGUGGAUGAAUAUGCCGACUUACAAUGCUCUAACACUUGAGUUCUUGACGACACGACACCAGAUCCAGCAGGCACCCUUGAUGACGAUGGUAGAAACCAUGAUGGCAAUAGCUGGAAUACCCAGCUCAAGAAUAGCAUGCUCAGGGUCCAUGAGGCGAGAAAUACACUCGAGUCCGACUUGGCAGAAAGAUGUGAUCAUGAUGAUGGAAAAGACGAGGACGCCAAGUGGUUCGAGUCUUACUAUAUAUUAGCUUCUGUUCACUUGAAAUGCCACAAGCUCUACGGCAGCGACUGAGACUUACUUGCGGCGACCAACAGGAUAGCUAUAUUGGUCUUGAUGACUGGACGAGAUGAGACGCGUAGUAAUCCAUACGAUGACGGUACUGAGGAAAUCUAGCACAGCAUCUACCAAACUGGCAAGGACGGACAUUGAAGGCACUGAGACUAUGACAACAAGCUUUCCAGCGAGUAAAAUGGCAUUGGCAAUGAAGUUUACCCAGAUGGCCAAUGUCACGAUGGGGUCGUCGCUGUCGAUUUCAGCAUCUUCCAACCAAGGUAACAAGGGCUUGGGGCCGUUGUCAUCUUCUUGGCUAGCAGGUCGCGGAGGUUGCUCCUCGUCUUCGUCCUCGGAUUGAUCCUGACGCUGAAGAAGUGGCAAGUUCUCGGAGGAACGGAAGAUAUCUUGAGGUGUGCGCGUAGCAGGGAGCUUUGUGGUCGAAUUGCUAGGCUUGACACUGACAGUGCCAUAGGAGCCUGGAGUGAUAGAUGCGGAUACAGGAGUUGAUCCAGUGAGAGGGGGGGAGUCGGAUGUAGUGGAGGGCUCCUCGUUGAUGGUAUCUGGGACGUCAAGUGGUCGGAAUGCAGAAGCUUCAAGCUCUGCUUGAUACUCGUUGAGGAGAUCGUGGGGGAUAGCGGAGUCGAGGAGAGCAUCGAUGUACAGAUAUUGCUGAAUCAACUCAUUUGUUCUCUCAUAGUACUCGCGCCUGGUGGGUUUGGUCAGCUGCUGCGCGAGGCCGAGGCGCGUAAUUGGUGGCGCCAUUGAGGACUCACAGUGGUUUGGACAUAGCAGCCAGCUCCUCCUCAGGCUUCCAGUACUGCUCCCAUCGAUAUCGAGGGUUGCUUCUGCCAAUGAGUUUGGCGCUGCGGUUCUGGGGGCCGUGAAGCAGUUGGGUGAGGCGGCGCUCAUCAGCGAGCAGCUUGCCAAGCUCAUCAUGGUCGUGGCGGAGCAGUCCAGUCUCCUCAUCGUCAGGUCCCAUCCAGAAAGAAGGAGGAUGCGCGGGAACAGAACUGCUCAAGCUCUGUAUGCUCUGGUGAGAGCGACUGCGGAUGAGGGACUGGAGGGCGCCACUGCGCGUGCCCAGAGGGUUGUGGCUAUCCUCGUUUGAGAGGAGAGAAGGGCGCCGUAAUUGAGCAUGGCUACCAUGCUUUGAGGGAGUGUUUGGAGAGCUCAUUGUCGCAAAAGAUGUCGCUUUUUCGCAGCGACUGGCGGGAGAAUUGGGUGGUUAGGAUGGAGGAGGCGCAAUUAUAUAUCGCGAAGAAAAAUAAGAUAAAACGUGUAACGAGUCAGGUUUGAAGUAUUGCCAGGGUUUUGAAGCGUAAAGUAGAAACAAUUGCGACUAGGUAGGUGCCGUACCUUAAGUUAGUAGUCAAAACGUUGUUUUUCCGAGCUUCCGCCUCACCAAAGAGAAAUAAGAUUAGCCAAAAAGGACACUG